AUGUUAAAAUUUUUAAAUAAAAAGAUUGUAUUUCCAGUAUUUCCAGUUGUACGUAGAAUUUCUACUUCAAAAAUUCCUAAUACACAGGCUGAAUGGACUCGAUACAUUCGGUUAGGUCAACCAAAGAUUAUUGAUAAUUCAGGAUCAUGGUCUAAUCUAACUCAUAUGACAAAAUUAGAAGCUAAUUUAAUUAUUGGAGAUAUAUUUAAAGAAAAUGUUAAGGUCACUAGUGACAUAAUUCGCGUGAAAAAGCUCUUGGCACCUUUAGAUCGUUCACAAGUUCCAAUCAUUCGUUGUAUUGGAUUAAAUUAUAAAGAACAUGCCAAAGAAACAAAUCAAAAAAUACCACCGUAUCCAAUUUUAUUUAUAAAACCUAAUACUUCCUUACAAAAUCCUUUCGAAUCAAUCAUCGUACCCGAUAUCGCUACCAACAAUCAAGUUGAUUAUGAAGCUGAAUUGGCGGUGAUAAUUAAAAAAGAAUGUAAAAAUGUAACUCGAGAUAAUUCUUUAGAUUAUGUUUUGGGAUAUACCGCCGCGAAUGAUGUUUCGGCGAGAAAGUGGCAAGUUUCACCAAGAAUAAUCAAAAAUCCAAAUUCUUUGGGAAUUCGAGCAAUUGUUAAUAAUAAAAUGUUACAAAAUUCAAAUACUCAAGAUAUGAUUUUUGAUGUACCCGAAUUAAUUUCAUUUUUAAGUCAAGGAGUUGGAUUUAUCAGAGAUCCCCCAAUUUUUUUACAAGAUGGUGAUAAGUAG